UGACUCUCCCUUGCCUGUGACUUCACGUGUCUGUUUUGUAAAGUUCCGCGAGACUGAGUCGGUCGGGGUGUCCCAGCACCUGACGAACACGGUCUUCGUCGACCGGGCCCUGAUUGUGGUUCCAUUCGCAGAAGUGGACAAGUCAUUUGCAGAGAGCCCCCUCCCUGCUGGCUGAGCGUGGUCCUCUGCUGCCAUCAGGAGAUUAGAAACAUUAUUGGCACCAGGCUCCAAAGCCCCUUCUCACAAAUUGUUCUGCAGUAACCUGUUAACUGUUGUUUUGUUUCUCUCUCUGUCCAAGGCAUCGGUUCAGUUAAAAGAUUAGUCGCACAGAUUCUAAGCAAAACGCUGUUUGCAGGGGAUUCCCCACUCCAUUUCUCCUCCAAAAACUGGGAUUGAGGCAGUGGAAGGUUUCCCCAAAAUUUGAUCUUAUACAUGUUGAUGAUUUAAUCAGCUGUCAUGUCCUGAAACAAAGCAUGCAAUUGAAAUGGUUAUGCAUGCUAGUAUAGAUGUGAAAGAUGUCCAGCUUAUCUGCUGGAAAGCCUCUCUGAAUUUGGUAAGGGUACGCAUCAACCACCUGCCUAACUGCCUUUCACCUGUAGUAUAGAUAUUAAACAUUUUGUGUAUAUAUAAAUAUAGACGUAUAGAUAUAUCUAUAUAUUUAUACACAAAUUGAUAGAAAACAAAGGAAAACUAUAGUCUUAAGCCUCUGCUUGUAAAUGCAGUGAAAUGCUUUGUUAUUUAUCCAAUCCACAAAUGACAAAAAAAAAAGGGUUGAAUCAAGUUUAACGGUGGUGUUUCUUUGUUUUGUUGUUGUUUUACAGUUGUUUUUCCUGGUUCAGCCAGCCCUAUAUACUUCCAGGCCCUGCUGAAAAUGCCACCAACAGUUUUGUCUUCUGCAGCCUUAUCCUGUUUCUCAAGUGUCCUUUCUGUUUUGUGUGUGUCUUGUGUGUGUGAGUGCGUGGCUGAAUGGCUCAAGUUUGUCUCUCGCUCUGAAAAACAAAAUACAUGUAUUUUUUUUAUAUAUAUAUAUCAACCCACGUUUUCAGCAGCGUUUCCCCCUAGAUUUUGAAGCCUUUUCACACAGGCAGGAUCCUCUGUUCACACGCCAUUGUAGUGUAUAGUAGUCUGCCGUAAUAAUAGUAGACCUAACAGUAGAUUAUUAUUACGAGCAUGGACACUCUUGCAUAUUUUUUUAUUAUUGACAUAUCCCACGGCACAGUGUUUUUAUGCCAACAUUUGGGGAACUGUUCAGCUCCCAAAGCCAAUAACCACCUUCCCAUAACACGUUCCUCCUUGAGUCUCUUACUCUGUGGUUACUGCAGCAUUGGACACAAUGUUUCAUGAUUCUAUCGGGGCUCGUCGUAGGCCCUUUACUCGAUAGAACAUGUCGAGUGAUGCUCGUUUAUCUCCUGUUUGUAGCAAGUUGUGGAUCGUUGUUUUUUUUUUUUUGCCUAUCGAUGCUAAAACUGGCUAGGCCCCCUUGUGUGUUAUGUAAGUGAUCCGGUGGCCGCCGUUAUUGGCCGGCCACUGAGACGGGUUAAUCAAAUAAUGGUCAUAGCCAAUGUGACGGUAAGUGAUGCAGCAUAAGUGAUUGAUGUGUACCCAACUGUCUCCACCCCAAUCAUGAACUCUGUCUUCUGUAUCUCAAUGUUUUUGUGUGCUUUAUAGCGAAGCAGCCGACGCGAGUCGCUUGUUCAUAAAACAUCUAAUGAAAAAUGAGAGCACACCCCACUGGACAACCGACAACUGUGCUUGCUUACGUUUGGUUCAUGACUUAAAAAUCAAGUGCAGGUGAUAACAUCUUGGCAGUGUUGACCAAAGUGUGUAUUGUGACAUGAGUACUGCUAGCUGCUAAUCCUAAGAUUUGAUACUAGUCAAAAACGAAAGAGCUCAGCAUCAAUCAAGGCAACCAAGUGAACUGUUUGUAGGGGUGGGUGGUGGUGGUGGGGUAGGUUGGUAUGUUUUUUUGCUACCAGUGUCCCUUGUGAGCGUAGUCAGAAGUGAUUUAAAGUGUGAUGUUUGGAGUGCGGGCGCGGUCGCUGAUGGGCUCUCUCUUCCCCCUCCCAGGAGCUAUUCCUGAUGAGUCUAAAGCUCUGUCUCUGCUGGCUCCAGCCAAUGCUGUGGCAGGGAUGAUGCCUGGGGGAGGCCUUCUCCCCACGCCCAAUCCUCUUGCAUCGAUGGGUGGGCAGCCGUUCGGAGGGAUGGGAGGUCCCAACAUGGAACAAAUGGCCGCCAUGGGAAUGCAAGGCCAUAACAUGAACCCCCAGGCUAUUUCCGCUGACUUCCUAAAGCUGAUGCAGUCCAUGGACCCAAAUAGGUUGAACCAUAUGGCGGCGGGGAUGAACCUGAACCAAGCCAUGAAGGCCGACGCCUCCAACAAGGAGAUCGAGGAGGCCAUGAAGAGGGUCCGGGAAGCCCAGUCCCUCAUCUCGGCAGCUAUUGAACCAGGCAUUAAGAAGGAAGAGAAACGCAAACAUUCCCGCUCACGGUCGAGGUCACGGCGCCGGAGGUCCCGGUCUCGUUCACGACACAGGCGAUCCAAGAGCAAGUCCCGCCGCAGGUCCCACUCCCGCAGCAGGAAGAGAUCCAAGAGCCCCCGCAGGCGAAGGACCCACUCCCGGGACCGCAGCCGCCGCAGCAGGUCCAGGGAGAGGAGGAAGGAGGAGAAGGCCAAGAAGCGUUCAAAGACCCCACCGAAGAGCUACAGCAGUGCCAGGAGAUCUCUAAGCACUAGCCGCAGGCGCAGACGAAGCCGUACCGUGUCUCGAUCCCCCAAGAGGAAGCCCUCCAAGUCUCCUUCACCCAGACGUCACAAGAAGGAGAAGAAGAAGGAGAGGGAAAGGGAGAAGGAUCGGGACCGGGACAGGAAGGAGGUCCGCGCCCGCAGCCGAGACGAGAGGGAGCGCUCGUCCAGCAAGAAGAAGAAGAGCAAGGACAAGGAGCGGGAGCGCGAGCGCAAGUCUGAGAGUGAGAAAGGCGACGUGAAGUUAGAAAAACCUAAGGAGGGGUACACACUUAAAGAUAGUGGGCCAGAUUCCCCCCAACCGGCGAUGGUGACCCGCAACUACGAUGAGGAGGAGCAGGGCUACGACAGCGACAAGCCUGUCAAGGAGGAGGAGGAGGAGGAUGUGGACGAGGAGGAGGAGGAGGAGGAGGAUGAAGAAGAGGAGGAGGAGGAGGGGAAGAGCGACGAAUCAGAAGCAGCGUCGCCGCCCCCAAAACCCCACCGGGAAUUUGAGGGCCCCAUGGAAGCCCCCCCGAAGAAGUCCAAACAGAACGGAGACGACCACCACCAAGCCGACAUGGAUAUGAGUGACUGAGAGAACACACACUCUCACACACUCACACACGCACCCCUUCAGCUCUCACGUAGGCCACUGAAUUUCUGUUAGUGUUCCCUGAAAAGUUAAAAACCGUUUUCCGGGUGUUUUUAAGUCUUAACUGCAGGAAAACCAGUUUGUUUCCGUUGUAGUGUUUUUUGUUGUUUUUUCUUUUUUAUAUUCUCCCCCGUCGUCUCUUUCUGGACCACAUCCUAGACGCAUACUGUAGUUCUGUUUGAUAUGAAGUUUUUAAUUUCUACUCGACAGUGUGUAGACCAUCGGCAUAGGAUGGCGGUCAACCAAACAGUUAACGUAAGAUGUGGUUUUAAAUUGUCAAUAAAUGAAUACGGUGAAGGCUCUCUUUGUUUUUAGCUAUUUUUGUUCAUGAAAAUGUUACUCUUCCUAUUUGCUGGACAUAAAAAUGCUAACUUUAAUUUGACGUGGCAUACUUGUGUCCUGAAAUUUUUAAUUUAUGUAAGAAGAAUCAUUUUGCUUCUAAAUGCUAAAAGUAAAGUUUUUCAUUGGAGGCUAGGCAGAAUACUUUGAGUGUACAUGACUGAAGCCUGUCAGUCAACCCAACUCCCGCCUCUUGUACUUGUCAUCUGUAGAUUAAGAUUGUUUGUGAAUUGUUACUAUGAACCUUUACCGAUACACAUUUUACAAGGACUAAUAAAACUGGGCAAAAAUAA